AUGAAGCUUCUCUUUCUUGCCCUUCCUGGCUCUCUCUUGUUGUCCGCUCUUCUAGCAGCUAGCCAACCUUUGCCACAGCACAUGCAUACGGGUUCCCCACCCUCUUUGGCUCUUGUAGAGCGAUCAGGCCUCGGCAAUUGGGAACCGACAGAUGGGAUCACGCGCGUCUUCGGCGCUGGUCGCUCUGAAAACUCUCCAGAGUCGUCCGGAUGGGUCAAGAAAACUAAGAAGGCGCCGGUCAAGGUGGUCAAGGGGAUCUACAAGGGGCUCAAAAAGGCUGGCACGGCAAUCAAAAAAGUGGUCUCCAAGUCGUCGGGAUCUUAG